AUGCCCGCUCUCGCCAACACCGCCCGUGCCGUCGCACGCUCAUGGACCGCUCACCAAUUGCCCGUUGCUCGGGCGGCCGGUUGCACCGCCAUGCAGACCCGCAACGCCUCGGCUUCCUCGUUCGAUAGCCCCUUCAAGGGCACCCCGGAGACGACCAAGAUCCCCUCGUUUGCUGCGUACAGGAAUAAGGGUGGCGAGACCGGACCCAAGGUGUUCCAGUACUUCAUGGUUGGAACCAUGGGUGCGCUGAGUGCGCUUGGCGCGAAGGCGACCGUACAGGACUUCCUCGUCAACAUGUCUGCCUCCGCCGAUGUUUUGGCCCAAGCUAAGGUUGAAAUCGACCUCGCUGCCAUUCCUGAGGGCAAGAAUGUCAUUAUCAAGUGGCGAGGCAAGCCCGUUUUUAUCCGACACCGCACUGAGGACGAGAUUAAGGAGGCUGAAGAUACCAAGUGGGAGUCGCUCCGUGACCCCCAGCCCGACUCUGCCCGUGUCCAGAAGCCUGAAUGGUUGAUCAUGUUGGGUGUCUGCACCCAUCUUGGAUGUGUUCCCAUUGGUGAGGCUGGUGACUUCGGAGGCUGGUUCUGCCCUUGCCACGGAUCCCACUACGACAUCUCUGGCCGCAUAAGAAAGGGACCUGCCCCACUCAACCUCGAGGUCCCCUCGUACGACUUCCCCGAGGAGGGCAAGGUUGUCAUUGGUUAA